UGUCAGAUCAACUGCAUCUGUGAGAUUAUGCAGGUUAAAGGAAUAGAAGCUGAGACGCCUGAUCCAGCAAUCUGGCUCUGCUGGCCAUCAGUUCCAGGAGGACCAAAGAAGUGGACCUCAAUACGGUUAUCAACUGCUUCGCUGCAACUUACAGACGUAUUGUUCUCCUUCGACUGAUGAGUACACAAAUCUUUGUUGAUAUUGUUUUAAAUGACUUAUUAAUGUUUGUGCGGGUUGAUCAUACCAUUACCCAAUGUGUGUGUGUGUUCAGUGUUUUGGAAGAGACGGUUGGAUCAUGUUUUUAAGAGCACAGAAUAGGGAAGGACAAUAUGGUCAAAAAUACGAAAUAAAUAACAUCAAAUAAUUAACAAAAGGCUACCGUUUCCAAAUGAAAAAAUAAAUGUAUUCCCCAGAGAAUUUGGAUAUGAACACAGAGCAGAGUAACUCUGGACGAGGCAUGCUGAUACUCUCUGGGGAACAGCUUUGGCAGACAACUAGGAGGCAGGACCGAAGGGUGAAGCAGCUCUGGAUGGCGACCAAGAGAUGAGACAGGCUGAGUUUCUGGAGUGCUGGGCAGCUGGGAAGACUUCCUGGACAUGCUGGAUGCUAGCUGGCUGGGAAUCAGGGGUGCUCAGAAAAUCCUCAGCCCACUCAGUUCUCUAUUGCUUUCCUCUGGCCCGGCUCUGCUCUGCGGUGGGGAGAUGGAGGACAAGAUGGCCAAGAAGAGCAUUAUCGGCUGGCUGCCAGAAGAUGGCGCCAUCAACACUAAAGGUCUGAGCAGCAAGGUGGAUAUGGGUGCCCUGUUCCAUGUGCCUACAUCUUUCUGGCAGAAGGAGACGAAGGAGCUGAGAGCCUGCUUCACUCAGCAAGUUGGAGCUGAUCUGCCGGCUCAGGUGGAGGCUGAGCUGAAGGCUCUGGAGGACAGAGUGCACAAUUAAAACCCUACUGACAGGAAGUUCCUCCAGGAACAGGGGGGAACUUCCUGUCAGUAGGGUUUUAACCACUUCACACUAAUGCUGCAACACUGAGGGACUGGUGCUGGGUUGGUGGUAGGAGGGAGGUUUGACUCUCAACAUGAA